AUGGCUUCUACGGGCAUUGACCAUACCAGCUCAACAAUGCCACCCCGUUACAGCGGUGACAACAGCGGCGACAGCAGCGCCGACAAGAAUGGCCAUGACCCGGAGAAGGAUGCAUUCACCCCAGGCCAGACGCAUGUCCCGUCGUUGAUGAACGGUGUUGUGCGGAUUGACCAGACGCACCGCAAACUCAAAGCGCGGCAUAUUCAAUUGAUUGGCAUCGGAGGUACCAUCGGGACGGCCUUGUAUGUUCAGCUUGGCAGAGGACUACUUCAAGGAGGCCCCGGCAGUCUUUUCCUGGCAUUCUCGUUUUGGUGUACAGUCAUCCUCUCAAUAACCCUUUGUAUGGCCGAGAUGGUCACGUACCUCCCUAUCUCAUCGCCAUUCAUCCGAUUCGCUGGGCGCUGGGUCGACGAAGCCUUCGGGUUCGCUGCCGGUUGGAACUUCUUCGUUUUCGAGGCCGUGCUUGUGCCAUUCGAGAUCACCGCCUGCAACCUCAUUAUUCACUUCUGGUCCGACGCCGUCCCUGCCGGUGGCAUCAUUGCCAUCGUCAUCGUCCUGUACGGUCUGAUCAAUGUAUUGGCGGUCCAAUGGUAUGGUGAGAGCGAGUUUUGGGCCGCACUUGGCAAGGUCAUACUUAUCGUUGGCCUGAUCAUUUUCACCUUCAUUGUUAUGUUGGGCGGUAACCCGCAGCAUGAUCGAUUUGGAUUCAGGUAUUGGUACGCUCCGGGGGCAUUCGCGGAAUGGUAUGAAACCGGCGAUCUUGGUCGGUUCAUGGGCUUCAUGCAAUGCUUGAUCCAGGCCUCAUUCACGAUCGCGGGUCCGGACUAUGUCUCUAUGGCGGCUGGUGAGGCGGAGAAUCCCCGCGAAGUCAUGCCACGCGCGUUCAAUGCCGUGUUUUACCGUCUGACGUCGUUUUUCAUGCUUGGAUCUCUCUGUGUUGGUAUUUUGGUACCCUACAAUGACCAGACCAUGGCGGACGCGUUUGCCAAUGCUGAACCUGGCGCUGCUGCCUCGCCAUAUGUCAUCGCAAUGGGGCGCCUGGGAAUUCCUGUUCUGCCGCAUCUUGUCAACGCUAUGGUCUUGACGGCAGCUUUCAGCGCCGGCAACUCCUAUGUCUAUUGCGCAUCCCGGUCCUUGUUCGGUCUCGCACUCGAAGGGAAGGCACCCAAGUUCCUCACUAAGUGUCUCAAGAACGGUGUUCCCAUCUACUCUGUCAUGGUCGUUCUUAUCAUUGCGUUGCUAUCGUUUCUGCAAGUCAGCGCGAACGCCGCGACAGUGCUCAACUGGUUCGUCAGUCUGGUGACGGCCUCGCAACUCAUCAACUUCAGCAUCAUAUGCAUUACGUACAUCUGCUUCUACCGGGCGCUGGAGGCUCAGGGUAUCGACCGGAAAUCGUUGCCGUACAGGGGUUUCCUGCAGCCAUAUACCGCCUAUUACGGGCUAACUGCAUGCUUCAUCAUGACAUUUGUCGGAGGCUACACCGUGUUUCUGCCCGGGAAGUGGGACAUUCCAAGUUUCUUGUUCUCAUACAUGAUGAUAAUCGUUUUCCCGAUCCUCUUCCUCGGGUGGAAAAUUAUCCACAAGACCAAGUUCCACAAGCCAGCUGGAGCAGACCUCCAUCAGAAUCUGCUGGAGAUUGAGGAGUACCAGAGGACAUAUGUUGCCAUACCAGCAAAGAGCCGCUUCGAGAGAAUCCUCGACUUGAUUUUCAGUUAA